AUGCCUAUUUCUUGGCCGCCCGCGGCCAUCCCCAACGAGUUCGGUAUCGCCACGCUGUCGCUGGGAAACGCCAAGUAUCACCAACUCCGGCCGCGGUUAGAAGCCGCCGCCCGCGCAGGGUACCGCUGGAUCGACCUGUUUGAUGAAUGCUGGGCUGCAUAUCUGGAAGAGCAUGGGUUGCCCGCGGACCAGCUGUGGGAAGCCACGCCGGAGAAUUUGCGCGUCGCUCGCAAGCUGGGAGAUCUAGUUAAAUCGCUGGGAAUGCGCAUCGCCUGUACGCAGCCGCUACGGCAGAUCGAGGGCAUUAAGGACCCGGCCGAACGGCGCGCCACCCUGGACCUCGUAGCCAAGCGUUUCCCUUUCAUGAGAGCGUUCGACACCGAUCUGGUCUUCAUGUGUGCCAACAUCCGGACCGAUGACGGCGUCACCUCCGAUCUCAAGACCGUCGCCAGGGACCUAGCGGAACUGGGCGACAUGGCCAAGGAGUAUUCUGAAGCUGACGGAGGCUGCAUGCUGCGCAUCGGGUACGAGGGUCUGUCGUGGGCUGUGCGGAAUACAUGGGCAUCCACCUGGGAGGUAGUCCGCAUGGCCAACCGCCCAAAUGUCGGUCUGAUUGUCGAUGCGUUCAACGUGCUUGCGGUUGAAUUCGCCGACCCGUACAAUCCCGCUGGCCACGGUCGGAUCUAUCCGACUCUCCAGGAAUCCAUUGACGUGCUAUGUGCCUCGCUCGCGGGGUUCGUCGCCUCCGUGCCGGGCGAUCGCAUCUUCUUUUUCCAGGUCGGCGAUGCCGAACGCAUGGAUCCACGCACGUUUCGUCCGCCGACGGAUCCUGAGGUCCCGGCGCUGUUGCCGUGGUCGCGGAGCCAUCGUCUCUAUCCCUUUGAGAUCGAGCGCGGGGGGUACAUGCCCGUCCACUUGGUCGCUGCGGCCGUCAUUGCUACCGGAUACCAAGGGCCCAUGUCACUCGAGGUGUUUAACAGCUCAUUAAAUCAGCCGGGCGCGGACGUGAUUGAAACACAUGCGCAGCGCGGGAUUCAGGGGCUGCGCCAGCUGGCUGAUUCCGUCCGCCAUGUGCCGGCUUUCUGGGAAAUGUGGCAACGAGGGACGCGAGACUUUGGUCGUUCACGGGUGCUACGAACGGGGCGGUUAUAG